ACUUGUGCUCAGAGCCAGGCCUAGGGGGCGCUCUCUAGGAGGGGUCUGGGCACUCCCAGCCAGAGCUGGUAGCACAGCAUGUGCGUCUAGAGCCCAGAUGGGGUUCUCCUCGCCACUCCGGCAGGCAGUCCCAGGACUCCUGCUCCCCCUCCUGUGGCUGCUGCUGCUGCUUCCCAGUUGUUACUUCCAGGACAGAAAUCCAGAGUGCGGGCAGCCUUUUCGAAAAGGGAAGAUCCUUGGGGGUCAGGAUGCCCUCAAAGGGCAAUGGCCAUGGCAAGUGAGCCUUUUCUUCAGGGGUUUCCACCUCUGUGGCGGUUCCAUCCUGAGCAAGUACUGGGUGCUCACGGCUGCCCACUGCUUUGACGAAGCCCUGAAUUUUCUGGACUACUUCGAGGUGUAUGCAGGCUUCACGGACCUCAGGAAGAUUAGUUGGCAAAGUCAGAGGCGAGAGAUCAUGCAGGUGAUCAUUCACCCGAGAUACAAGUUCAGUCACCCCAACGGAAAUGACAUCGCCUUGGUGCAGCUAAAGCGCUCUUUGAAACUCUCUUCGGUUGUUCUCCCUAUCUGCCUGCCUAAGCCCACCAUCAAUCUGGAAAUGGCGAACACGUGUUGGGUUACAGGGUGGGGAAAGAUGAGAGAGUCAGGUACAACAGUAAACAAGCUUCAAGAGGUUCAGGUACCCCUUCUUGAUCAGUUUUGGUGUCAAAUCCUCUAUGGAAACAUAUUCCUCAUCCAGGAAGACAUGAUAUGUGCCACUGACAUGAUCCAUAGGAACAGCCCAUGCCAGGGCGAUUCUGGAGGACCCCUUGCCUGCAAAUUCAACGACACCUGGGUCCAGAUUGGGGUGGUGACCUGGGGUAGAGGUUGUGCCAUGCCUUUAUUCCCUGGUGUUUUUGCUCGAGUUCCUUUCUUCUCAACAUGGAUCUCAAGUACCAUGAAAUCUGUCAUCAUCUCCAGAUCAACAACCAUCAUCGGUUCCUGGAUAACUCUCCCGACUUCACUACUGUUUCUCCAUGUCCUAAGAAUCCCAUGACUGUCCCACCUGUCUUUCCUCCCUUCUUAGCUUCUUUACAAACCUUCCUUCUUCUUCCAAAUCCCUUCUCAACUCUUACAGCUUCAACAAGACCUCCCUUCUCCUUUUCACUUCAUCUGCCCUGUCUUCAUGCUAACCCUCCCCUCUGCCUCCCCUGGAUGGGAGGUGGUAGUGGUGAGGGAGAUAGAUGAAUGCUGGGUUCUAGGACAGAUAAAGCAUGAGAAGAUGAUGAUGGGGAACUGGGUUCUAGUUUGUGGAAAGGAAGAGAAAAGCCAAAAUCUGAGUCUCCUUAGAGAACGAGGAAUCCUGGGAUGGUGUGAUGGGCAUUGAGAGUACAGGGGCUAGGGUGCUGGAAACAGUUCAUUGAGCCUUAAUAAGGACUGAGGCUCCAAUGAUCUAAUUAAAGUGUUGCAAAGCAGAAAGUGGUGGCGUUCUGCAUUUGUCCUCAGGGCAGACGGUCUUAUUUCCAUGGACACCCAAGGGGUGUGUCUACCCUGCAACAUGGGAAAAACACCAAAAAACCCCCCCAAAGCAUGCUGUCAAAGCCUAUAUUCUACAGCACCAAGGCAUCUGGAGCUAGACAAGGUCUUAGAAAUCAUCUAAUUCAACCUCAGUUCAAUUAAAUUCGG